AUGAAGUUUAAUAAAUUGUAUGCUUGCAUGUUUCUUCUUUUCCUUCUAAAUAUAAUUUUAGAAAAUAAACAAAUUGUAUGUGAAAGUCAUGAUACAGAUAGUACCACUAAGGAUCAAUCUAGUAAUGAAGAUGCUAAGGGAAUAGAUGAAGCAUCAAAUGAUGGAUCUUCUAAAGAAAAUGCUGAACAAGUUGAAGAAAAUACAAAUGUUAAUAAAAAAGAAAGAAAAAAGGUUGAAGAUAAUAUACCAGAAAUAGAAGAAAGUGAAAAACCAUUAGAUAAUAUUGAGAACCACGAAUAUCAAACAGAAGUUACAAGAUUAAUGGAUAUAAUUGUCAAUUCGUUAUAUACACAUAAAGAAGUUUUUUUAAGAGAGUUAAUAUCAAAUGCAGCAGAUGCUUUAGAAAAGAUAAGGUUUUUAUCGUUAUCUGAUGAAAGCAUAUUAGGAGAAGAAAAAAAAUUAGAAAUAAGAAUUUCAGCUAACAAAGAAAAAAAUAUUUUAUCAAUAACAGAUACAGGUAUAGGUAUGACAAAAGAUGAUUUAAUUAAUAAUCUAGGUACUAUUGCAAAAUCAGGAACUUCUAAUUUUUUAGAAGCUAUAUCAAAGAGUGGUGGUGAUAUGAGCUUGAUUGGCCAAUUUGGUGUUGGAUUUUAUUCUGCUUUUUUAGUUGCAGAUAAGGUUAUAGUAUAUACAAAAAAUAAUAAUGAUGAUCAAUAUAUAUGGGAGUCAACAGCAGAUGCCAAAUUUUCUAUAUACAAAGAUCCUCGAGGAUCUACCUUAAAAAGAGGUACUAGAAUUUCUUUACAUCUAAAAGAUGAUGCAACUAAUUUAUUGAAUGAUAAAAAGAUUAUUGAUCUAAUCUCAAAGUAUAGUCAAUUUAUUCAAUUCCCUAUUUAUUUACUACACGAGAAAGUUUACACAGAAGAAGUACUAGCUGAUAUUGCUAAAGAAAUGGAAAAUGAUCCCAAUUACGAUAGUGUUAAAAUAGAAGAAACCGAUGAUCCCAAUAAAAAAACAAGAACUGUUGAAAAAAGAGUUAAAGAAUGGACGUUAAUGAAUGAACAAAAACCUAUUUGGUUAAGAUCACCAAAAGAAUUAAAAGAUGAAGAUUAUAAGCAGUUUUUUAGUGUCUUGUCUGGAUUUAAUGAUGAACCAUUAUAUCAUAUACAUUUUUCUGCAGAAGGAGAAAUUGAAUUUAAAUGUUUAAUAUAUAUUCCUUCUAAAGCACCAUCUGUUAAUGAUCAAUUAUUCACUAAACAAACUUCGGUCAAAUUAUAUGUAAGGAGAGUGUUAGUUGCUGAUGAAUUUGUAGAAUUUUUACCAAGGUAUAUGAGCUUCGUAAAAGGAGUAGUAGACAGUGAUGACUUACCACUUAACGUUUCUAGGGAACAGUUGCAACAAAAUAAAGUUUUAAAAGCUAUAUCAAAAAGAAUUGUCAGAAAGAUAUUAGAUACAUUUCGUAAAUUGUAUACUGAUGGUAAGAAAUAUAAAGAAAGUUUAAGAGCUGAAUUAGAAAAAGAAACAGAUAAAGAAAAACAAAAGGAAAUCCAAAAAAAAAUUAAUGAACCAAGUACAUACAAAUUAAUAUAUAAAGAAUAUAGAAGAUAUUUAAAAAGUGGUUGCUAUGAAGACGAUAUGAACAGAUCAAAAAUUGCAAAAUUACUAUUAUUUAAAACUAUGCUAUACCCCAAAAGUAUUUCAUUAGAUACUUAUGUUGAAAAUAUGAAACCAGAUCAAAAAUUUAUCUAUUAUGCAUCAGGAGAAUCAUAUGAUUAUUUAUCAAAGAUUCCACAAUUGCAAAUUUUCAAAAAAAAAAAUAUUGAUGUUCUUUUUCUUACUGAAUCUGUUGAUGAAUCUUGUAUACAAAGAGUACAGGAAUAUGAUGGAAAAAAAUUUAAAUCAAUUCAAAAGGGGGAAAUUAAUUUUGAAUUAACAGAAGAAGAAAAAAAAAAAGAAGAGCAAAUGAAAAAAAUGUAUAAGGCUUUGAUUGAUGUAAUAUCUGAUACUUUAAGAAAUCAAAUCUUUAAAGUAGAAAUUUCAAGGAGAUUAGUUGAUGCACCAUGUGCUGUUGUAUCAACAGAAUGGGGAUUAUCAGGGCAAAUGGAAAAAUUAAUGAAAAUAAAUGUAUCUAAUUCUGAUCAAAUAAAAGCUAUGAGUGGCCAAAAAAUUUUAGAAAUUAAUCCUGAUCAUCCAAUUAUGAUUGACCUAUUAAAAAGAUCUGUAUCAGACCCUAAAGAUCCUGAAUUAACUCAAAGUAUAAGAAUUAUUUACCAAUCAGCUAAGUUGGCUUCAGGUUUUGAUUUAGAAGAUACAGCAGAUUUAGCUCAAAUUGUAUAUGACCAUAUUAAUCAUAAAUUGGGAGUUGACAAUAAUUUAAAGAUUGACGAUUUAGAUCCUUCUUUAUUUGAAACAAAAAAAAUUGAUGAAGAUGGAGACAAUCAAAAAGAUGAAGAAGAAAUAAAUAUAGAUGAUGAAAUACAAAAACAAGAUACAAACGAACCUAAUGAUCAAAAAGACUAUGAUUUAGAAAAAAAUGAAGACGAACUAGAGAAUUUGCAUAGUGCAAAUGAAGAAUUAUAA